CAGCGCGGAGCCCGCAGAGCCAGGCGCGGGCGCUCAGACCUGCCGCAGCCGCGCGCGGUGCGAGCUGAGCCGCGCUCCGUCCCGUUAUAUGAAACGUCCAGAGUAACCAUGAGUGGAGUAUUGAAAAGGAAGUACGAUGAACUGGAGGAUGACGCCACCUACUGCUCCUCCUCCUCCUCCUGCUCCCCGUUCUCCUCUUCUUCCGCUUCCUCUGGCUGGGAGUCGGAUGAGGAAAACUCCCGAGGAGAAGCCAGGCCCAGCACUGCCUUAACCACCAACUUCACCCCAACAUCCAUCCUGAAGAAAACCAAGCGGUUAAAGAAGAGCAAUGUGGAUUUCGACCGGGUCACUGUGUUCUACUUUCCACGCUGCCAGGGCUUCACCAGUGUGCCUAGCCGUGGUGGCUGUACCCUGGGGAUGGUGAGCAAACACAGCUCGUCCAGGCAGUUCACCCUGGCCGAAUUCUCCAAGGAACAGGAGACCGUCCGGCGGGAGAAGAUUGAAGAGCGAUUAAAAGAGGAGAAACUGGAGGCACUGAAAUGGAAACUAACCAUGAAUGGCACGAAAGAAUCGGAGGAGGCCAACCAGCUCACCAUUGAGGACAUCUCUGACGACGACAUCGACGUGAGCAACGUGGACCUGGAGGAUGGCUUUUUCCUCCAGCCCUACCCUGCCAAAAAGAGGCGUGUUCUGCUCAAAGCCAUGGGGGUGAAGAAGAUUGACAAAGAGGAGAAACGGGAGCUGCAUAACAUCCGCCUGUCACGUGAGGACUGUGGCUGUGACUGCCAGGAGUUCUGCGAUCCGGAGACCUGCAGCUGUAGCUUAGCAGGCAUUAAAUGUCAGAUGGAUCACACGUCAUUCCCUUGCGGCUGCACAAAAGAUGGCUGUGGAAACACACAAGGGAGAAUAGAGUUCAAUCAGGCACGGGUGCAAACGCACUUCAUCCACACCAUCAUGAAACUGGAACUGGAAAAGAAACAGCAGAGUAGUGAAAAGACCGUAGAGCCCGAGGCGACGUUCCGGGACAGGCUCCAUCAGUUGGGGUGUUCGGUAGGGAAAACGGUGUUCGAGGAGCGAGCCAUCCCACUGACACCAGCAUUUCAAUUCAACAUGGACCUGGAGACCGUCGGGGAGAACAGCUGCAGCAGCGACAUGACGGACUCCUCCGUCUCCUCCAACCAGAGCGAGGAUUCGGAAGAGCAGUACGAGAGCGUCCCAUCUGAUAAGUCGCAGUCUGACGUCGACGAUGACGGCUUGGCGAGGAUACUCCACUUCAAUGAUUCUGAUGUAGAAGAAAACAGUAAUAAUUGCCAAGAUAAUCUGAGCUGUUUCCAUCCCACUGAUUUCUUUAGCGCUAACAUUGAAGACCAGUGUGACGCAAACGCUGAAAAACUCGGCACUGGAAACUACUCUAGCCAUUUGUCAAACAUCUCCGAAUGCCUGGAUGAAAAUGCCAAUCAGGACGCUAGUUGUUUUCUAGAUGACACUGCCGAUACGCACUGUGACGCGCUUUCUUGCUGCAUGUCAUCCCCAGCGGAGCAGUGUUCAAAGAGCUACACAGAUCUCAGCCUUUCCUCUGACUCCUUGGAUUUCUUUCAGUCAUUCUCAGACUAUAAUUUGGGACCUCUUUACAACUCCUUAAAGGAAUACGAGAACCUGGAUAACUUUUCAGCUUUGCAAUUCCAACUGCCUAAUUUUCCCGGCUUCCCCCAGGCUGGAGACCAGAGCUCUUGCUUCCUGGAGUCUCUCAUUGGCUUGUCUGAAUCUGUCCCAGAAACCCCGGCCCCUUUCACAGACAAUCAGCUUUUAGAAGAUGCCAUUAAGUCAUCUCUAAUGGAAACAGUGAAAGUUUAAAAAAGGCCAGCUUUGGCCAGCUGAACAUUAAAACUGUAAUGAAGAACUGCGUGAUGGCAAACUUUCACUGAAGGAGGAACAUACUGCAAAAGACUUUCUCAGCCGACAAAUUGGUGUUGUUUUUUUUUAGUCUAUAGAACAUGGACAUUUGAAAUACUGCAGCUACAAUCAGUUCUCUUGCUGUUUGUGCAAAAUUUAAAAACUUUUAUGGUUUGGGAAAACACAUUAGAAGACUUUCUUUGAGUAUCAAUUUACCUGUGCUUUGUACAAACCCCCCUCCCCCCCCAAAACCAAAAAAAAAAAAAAAAUGAUUGAGACAUACUGCUUGUUAACAUUGUCAGUCAUAAUACGGCCCCUUCUAGAAACUUUUCAGUGUCGCAGAAACUUUUUAAAACAACUUUUGAAUCUCUAUUUAUUGUGAAAAAGGAUUUGCAUAAGGGUUAGCCCAACAUGCUCUUAUGUUUAAAUCAGACAAGGUUUACAGAAGAAAAUCCAUACACUAGAAACAUAAUCAUAUUUCAUCUAUUUAUUGCAAAUUCCAGAAUGAAAUAGCCACCGAAGCUUGAACUAGCAUGAAACCUUAUUUAAAUUGGUAAUACCUCAGAUGUAUUAUGUGUACAAUCAUGUUUUUUGCAUAAUAUAUCUGUAUUUAUUUAUUUUUUACCUUUUAGUACAUGAGUAGCACUGUGGUUUAUCAAUGACCUGGAAGUGCAAUAAAGUCUUUAGCAGCAUGCAGCCUAAAGAUGACAACACUGUUUUGGAAAGACUGAAAGGCGUUAACUUUAGCGACCAUCAAAUCCCUUUCCAGUCCUUGUCUAACAUUUCUUAAAAGAGCCUCAAGCUGGCGAGGGUGUCUUCAUAACUGCAUCCUCUUUGGUAGCUAAAAAUCCUUUAAGGGAUAGAACUAUACAGAGGUGUGAUGUCCAUAAUUCUGCUAUGGAAAACAAACCCAUAAACUAUUCAAGAAAUAAUAUGAACUAUAUUUAAAAAGAAAAAAAAACAAACCUUUUUCAUAAAUUAUUUUAUAAUUUAUUUAAGUUCCUAAGGAUUUGGCCAUGAGAUCUUUUAGGAGAUCUGUUAUGGUGCCUGAAUAUGCAGAGGAACCAUUAGCAGCAGAAGGUGUAUCGAGAACCUCUCCAGCCUGUAGAACGGAGAGCAAAGCAAAGCUGUAGCAACACUGCUCGUGCUCCCGAUUCAAGUGUUCCUUACUACUCUGAAGCAUAAAGGGUAUAACAGUGGUAAAGCAUAGUAGGCCAGACUAUUUAUACUUGUUUUAUAGAUGAAUUGAUGAAUAAAUUAAAAUGAAAAUGAAGGUAUUGGAUUAUUUAUUGCUUUUAUAUAGUUUUAGGAAAACCUAAAAAUGACUUAAAGCUGAAAUAAUUUGGAAGACUUUUUUUAAAAGAGAAAGUAGCAUUUUAAGGGGUAUUAGAGGCCUUCUGAGGCAUGUGUGUUUAAACCAAUCUGCAAACAUGACACUAUUUGGCCACUGCAUACGAUUGGAUGUAAUCUGUAUUUUAUUAGUACACUAAGUGCCUAUGCCAGCAGUACUAAUGUGUGUUGGUCUAGUUUGUAUAUCAUGGUAUAAACCUACCAGCUUUAAAAAAAAAUGGAAACAGUGAAAUCCUUUUCUGUGAUGCAAUCAAUACCUGUAAUUGAGCAAUAGCCAGCUGGCACGUGGGGAUACACUUUUCUUUACGGAUCCUGGCAUAGACUUUGAUAAAUGCCCAGAUCCGCCCGUUUGAACAAGAGCUGUGCGUGUGACAUACCCCACAGACUGCACUGAAUUUAAGUGAAUGGCAUCUGCGUUGCUAAAUAGCAUAUGCAGUGAUCCAGGCAAGAAAAGAUAGAGGUCAGUCAGUUUGAUUUUCUUUUCUUUUCUUUUUUUUUUUUUUACGUUAAAAGCAAAAACCAUCCUUGUGAAAAGCUUAGACAACACACUUCCAUUGACUGAACUAUUAAUAGCCCAGACAACAGAAAUUCCCCAGUUUGUACCUGCUAGUUAUUAAGUGAUUGUUUGUACAUACAAAUUGGCACGGAGAAGUUGCCCACAGCCAACCAGCAGUUGGGAAACUCUCAUGUCUAAAUAUUGCAAAGCUGUUAUGGUUUUUGGUUUUGUUUUGUUUUUUCUUAACGUAGAUCUCUUGGAUUGAGCCAAUCGACCUUAAAAUGGACGUAAGUUAUUUUGAGCAAACUAAGCUGACCCUCUGCAGCUGUGACUAACAGCUGGGUUUCACUCUGGCUGCAGGCUGCAUUGCUGAGGAGUCAUUGGUGCUGUCUGAUUUUUAACUUCAGCAGGCUCUGGUCGUCUCCCUGGGACCCUGCGUCUUCCCAGCCGGAGUCCCGGUUACCCUGCCUGAGCCGUGGCAUUCCUUCCACACUGGACCCCUUACCGAGGACCCCGCACUGUGCUGCACCGAGCCAUGGUACAUUUGGUCACAAGUGUCACCUGGCAAGGAUUGCUGGAUGGCACUUGGCUGGCAGUGCAGGAGGGCCGCUGUAGACAUACAUACUACUGGCAGAUGGAGGAUUCCAAGGAUAUUUUUUGUACUGAAAGAUCCCAUUCAAUUAUCUAAUUGGUGGUAGUUUCUAUCCUUCAGACUGCAUCAACCAUACUGACAAAAAGUGUCUGGUACCGUUCUGUAUUUAUUGGCACUAAUGUAAGAUUAUGUUUUAGAACAUUCCUAGGUUUCUCUGCAUAUAUAAAUAUAUAUAUAUAAUUUUAAAAAUGAGUGAUGGGGAUAAAAACUCCUGCCUUCAUGAAUUUUUUUUCCUAUAAUUUAUUCCUUUUUUGCGUUGGUGCCAAAAAAAAGAAAGAAAGAAAAGAUUUGUCCUUCCUUUUUUUUUUUUUUUUUUUUUUUAGGGCACUGAACUGUAAAUAUAUCUAUUUUUUUUUUCCUCUUGGUAUCUGUGUAAAAAGUUGCCUGUUAAACAGUUUAAAAACUGGGUAUUUAUUGACACAAUCUGUAAUUAUCUAAUGUAUUGAUUGAAACGCUUUGGUUUCAACAUAGCUUUAUUUUAGCUUCCUUUGUGUAUAUAUUGUGAUUAUGUUGCUUAAAGGUACAAGUAAGAAGAAAAAAAAAAAAAGCUUUAUUUUUACUUUAUCCAUUUUCAUUUGUUACCAAAAGCAUAUUUGUCUACAGCUGCUGUCUCUCAUUUCAUCAAAGCGAUAUGAAGAAAUUUCCAUUACACUUUCAAUAAAACCAUUUUGUUUGAA